AUGUCCAAUCCUCAAGAAAUUAAUGGCGGCUCUUGUGUCGCAAUGGUCGGAAAAGACUGCGUCGCCAUCGCAUGCGAUCUCCGAAUGGGCUCCCAGGGUCUCGGAGUGUCCAAUGACUUCGAGAAGGUCUUUAACUACGGCGACAACGUCUACCUUGGCCUGACUGGUCUUGCCACCGACGUGCAGACCCUUCAUGAGGUCUUUCGAGAGAAAACCAACCUGUACAAAAUGGCUGAGGAGCGACAAAUCGAGCCCGAAACAUUCGCCAACCUCGUGAGUUCCACACUCUACGAGAAGCGAUUCGGCCCCUACUUUGUUGGCCCCAUCGUGGCCGGCAUCAACUCCAAAACUGAGAAGCCAUUCAUCUGUGGAUUCGACCUCAUUGGAUGCAUUGACUUUGCCAAGGACUUCAUUGUGUCAGGAACUGCCUCGGACAUGCUCUACGGUAUGUGCGAAUCUCUGUGGCAACCGGAUCUGGAGCCGGAAGACCUGUUCAACACGUGUUCUCAGGCCCUCAUGUGUGCCAUGGACCGAGAUCCUCUGGGAGGAUGGGGAGCUAUUGUUUGGAUUAUUACAAAGGACAAGGUGGUGAAGAAGUUGUUGAAGACUCGGCAGGAUUAA